AUGGAAUCAUCAUCAUCGGAAAAUUUAAAAAGCAAAUGGGAAGUGAAUAGGAAAAGUUGUCUCAUAACAAGUACUUCUGCGGAUGCUCCUCGACUUGAAAUUUAUAUAAAGAGGGGAGUUAAUUUGGCUUUUAGAGAAAAUAAUGAUCCAUUCCUUGUUGUGUGGUCUCAUGCAAGAUCGAGUGCAACCUCUGAUUAUUAUACGAGUAGAAAAUUAAAAUCAAAGACAGCUAAAUCAUCAGCUAAUCCAGAGUGGAGAGAAGUUUUUGAGGUAUCUGUUACUUGUGACGACAAUAAUAAUCCACUUGAUACAAUUUCAAUUUAUAUAUGGGACAAGGAUAAUUCUAAAUUGGACGAUUUCUUGGGAUCGGCUGAUAUUCCACUUUCGACAAUUAUUAGAGAUAGGGAAAAUGUAAUGAGUCUUCCAUUGGAUGGAGUAGAAAGUGGACAACUUGAUAUUGUAGUAUAUCCUCACAAUUUCGGAAAGGAAGAUUCUUCUAAAAUUGAAAUUUCUGCAUAUCUGAACUCGUCACUCAUUCAAAAUUUAGGAGGUGGAACUGCUCCAUCAAUUAAGAAUGUUUCAAGUUUUUUAAAUACCAAGAAGGAUAGUAAAUUGAAUAAUAGAUAUACCAUUAUUAGAAACUUGGAAAAGGGUGGUUUUGGAAUUGUGUUUGUGGUAAAGGAUGAGAAAACAGGAGAAGAAAAAGCUUUAAAGAAAAUCAUGUGUAAAACAUUGGAAGACGCCAACAGAGCAAUCAAAGAAGCAUGGCCAUUUAAGAGCUUGGUUCAUGAAAAUCUUGUAUUAUAUGAAGAUAUGUUUUUGGAUGUUGAACAAAAUAUGGGAGAGUUUAUAUUCUAUGUUUGUUAUAUUAUGCCAUUCUAUAAACAAGGAGAUUUGCAUGCUUUAUUAGAAGGAAAGCAAAGAUCAAAGCCAAAGAAAUAUUUUAAACCUGUAGUAUUAGCAAAUUGGAUUGUUCAAAUAGCCAAGGGCAUUGAAUAUCUGCAUAAUUAUAAGGUAGUUCACAGAGAUUUGAAACAUAAGAAUAUUUUCUUUACCGAGGGAUACAAACAGUUAAAGUAA